UAGGAAUUUUGUUUUGAUAAGUGAUGACUAUUCGUGUCUCGAGCGGAAACUUAUCAGGUCGAGAAAGAUUGUGUCUCAAUUUAAACAGUCGGUUAUUUGGCGUCGGAUUGAACGGAUGUUAGAAAAAAAGGUUUCUCAAUUAAUAUCAAACAGCAGAAAUUACGAAGACGGAAGUGCAAUCGUCGUCGUAGUCGUUGAGCAGUAUAUCACUUUGGCGGGUUUUGACGUUUGUGGUUGCGUUGCCGAUCAGUAUCGAUAGAGUUUCUACCGCGUUUGGUUAGCUACAAACUGCCACAAAAGACGAUGGCCGAUCAAAAGAAGUCCGGGAUCGACAAGCUAUUGGAGCUCGAUGGAUAUCUCAAGUUGCACGAAACGGAAAUUCGUCGCAGAAAUAAAGAACUUCAUAACUGGACGACUAAAUUAAGCCAGCUGGAAGGGGGCAUGGAAGAGUUCACUCAAGGUUACAAGUACUACGGAUUGCACAUUGCUCCCGACAAUAGUCUAGUGGCUCGUGAGUGGGCCCCAGGAGCGCAGCAGCUUUACUUGACCGGUGAUUUUAAUAACUGGCAAUGGGAAGCCACUCCGUAUAAGAAACUUCCAUUUGGCAAGUGGGAACUAAUCCUGCCGCCAAACGCCGAUGGAUCUUGUGCUAUAAAGCACUUGUCCGAAAUAAAGGUGAUCGUGCGCAAACAGGAUGGUCAGCUAGUGGAUCGACUAUCGCCAUGGGCAAAGUAUGUCGUGCCUCCACCGAAAUCUUUGGGCGUCAACUAUCAGCAGCGGGUAUGGCAUCCACCGGCUCAUGAAAAGUAUAUGUUCCGACAUAAUAAACCCGCCAGACCCCGAGCGCUCCGUAUAUACGAGUGCCACGUGGGGAUCGCCACUGAAGAACUUGGUGUUGGAACAUAUAAAAAUUUUGCAGAUAACAUUGUACCUCGGAUUAAAAAUCUUGGGUACAACACCAUUCAGGUGAUGGCCAUCAUGGAGCAUGCCUAUUAUGCCAGUUUCGGCUAUCAGAUAACAAGUUUUUUCGCUGCCAGUAGCCGCUAUGGAACGCCGGAGGAGUUGAAAUACAUGGUUGAUAAGGCACACGAGCAGGGCCUCUUCGUGUUGCUGGAUGUGGUUCAUUCACAUGCGAGCAAGAACACCCAGGACGGAUUGAACCAGUUUGAUGGAACCAAUUCGUGCUACUUCCACGAUGGUUCUCGAGGCGAGCACACUUUGUGGGACAGUCGUUUGUUUAACUAUUCAGAAUAUGAGGUCCUUCGCUUUUUGCUAUCGAAUCUACGCUGGUGGCAUGAUGAGUACAACUUCGACGGCUACCGCUUCGAUGGAGUUACUUCAAUGUUGUACCACUCACGUGGUAUCGGCGAAGGGUUCUCCGGUGAUUAUAACGAGUACUUCGGUUUGAACGUGGACACCGAAGCGUUGAUAUAUUUAGCCAUUGCAAACGAGUUCUUGCACAAGUUGAAUCCCAAUGUGAUCACAAUUGCGGAGGACGUGAGCGGCAUGCCAACACUUUGUCGUCCCACCGAAGAAGGUGGUGUUGGAUUCGACUACCGUCUGGGUAUGGCAAUUCCCGACAAGUGGAUCGAACUUCUCAAAACAAAGAAGGAUGAGGAUUGGAACAUUGGGAACCUGGUGCAUACGUUGACCAAUCGCCGCUGGAUGGAAAACACUGUGGCAUAUGCGGAGUCACACGAUCAAGCAUUGGUGGGCGAUAAAACUAUAGCUUUCUGGCUGAUGGAUAAGGAUAUGUAUACACAUAUGUCGGUAACUUCCGACCCGAACAUGAUCAUCGAUCGCGGGCUAAGUCUCCACAAGAUGAUUCGAUUGAUUACCCAUUCUUUAGGUGGUGAGGCUUACCUGAACUUUAUAGGUAACGAAUUCGGUCACCCGGAAUGGUUGGAUUUCCCUAGAAUUGGAAACAAUCAAUCAUAUCAUUACGCUCGCCGUCAGUGGCACUUGGUCGAUGAUAAGUUAUUGAAAUACCGAUUCCUCAACGAUUUUGAUCGUGCCAUGCACCACACCGAAGAGCGUUUCCAUUGGCUAGACUGCUUACCGGCGUAUGUUAGCUGCAAACAUGAGGAUGACAAGGUUAUUGCUUUCGAACGGAACAAUCUAUUGUUCGUGUUCAACUUCCAUUACAGCAAAAGUUUCACCGAUUAUCGCAUUGGCGUUGAUCUGGCCGGCAAGUACAAAACUGUGCUCAGCACAGACGAUAAGGAGUUUGGCGGAUUUGAUAGGAUAGACAAGAAUGUUGAACAUUGUACAUUCCCGGAAGGAUGGGCGGGCAGGAGAAAUUAUAUGCAACUCUAUAUUCCAUGUCGAGUCGCGAUCAUUUUGGCACCGCAGUAAAGCAAUCUGCAGCGAUUUUCUAGUUCAAAUUUGAAAAAAAAGAGAUUUUUGUUGCUUGAAUAGAGAGUAGAUUUUUAUUUACAUUGCUAUAGAUAAUAGUCAUUAGUAUGUUGUAAAAUAUAUAUAAUCAGUAAAUUGUUCGAAAAAUAA